CGGCAGGCCGCCAUCAAACCUCCUCCCAGCAUCCGAUCCCGUCUUCAGUCCACCUCCCGUGUCUGAAGUAAUCUUCCACGUUUAGCGCUCCUUAAUCUCACAGAGUCAACCUGUGUGCGACUUUUUCUUAUUCAAAUUCUACAUACAAAGUUGCUCUUCCGACUAUAAAAAUCAUGGCCUCCAGAGCCGCAGCAGGCGCCCGUCCUGGUGCCAGAUUCGCUCAGUUCAAACUUGUCUUGCUUGGAGAAUCUGCUGUUGGAAAGAGUUCGCUGGUGCUGAGAUUUGUCAAGGAUCAAUUCGAUGACUACCGGGAGUCAACAAUUGGCGCUGCCUUCUUAACACAAACCAUUUCUCUGGACGAAAGUACAACGGUCAAGUUCGAAAUAUGGGACACUGCUGGUCAGGAGAGAUACAAGUCGUUAGCUCCGAUGUAUUACAGAAACGCCAACUGCGCAGUAGUUGUUUACGAUAUCACACAAGCGUCGUCGCUGGAUAAGGCCAAGUCAUGGGUGAAAGAGUUGCAGCGCCAAGCGAACGAAAACAUUGUCAUCGCCCUCGCGGGUAAUAAGCUCGACCUUGUCACAGAAAACCCGGACAAGAGGGCUAUCCCAACUGCUGAUGCCGAGGCCUAUGCACGUGAAGCUGGGCUGCUUUUCUUCGAGACAUCUGCGAAGACAUCCUCGAAUGUGCGGGAGCUAUUCACAGCGAUUGCGAAGAAGCUUCCUCUUGAUCAAGCCGGUCCCCGGAACUUGCGCACAAACCCCCGUCCAGGUGUGGACUUGCGCCCAGAGGCCCCUGGCACCCAGGGAGCCAAUUCUUGCCAAUGCUAAAUACUAACCUCUGGCCAUUACCCUUAUCUUGUUCUAUCUCCCACUUUGCAUUCUUUUUCAUCCUUCUUUUUAUUUAUUUUUAGAUACGGAAGCUGCACG